UCAGUUCCGCAAACCGCCAAAAAAGUGAAGAGAAGAAGAAGCAAAGGAAGAAGCAUGGCUGCAGAUAUGAGAUUACCGACUAUUAGAAAAACCGUGUCGCUAUCAGCGUCUGCUUUUGACCGAAAAGAUCUGGUCGUACCGGGGGAUGUUAUUACUUCAGACACUGGGUUCAUGAGGGGUCAUGGCACCUACGUUGAUGACGACAAGUUGACAGCUUCAGUCGCAGGAGAGGUGCAGAGGGUGGACAAACUCAUCUGUGUCAGGCCACUUAAGACCAGGUUUAAUGGUGAGGUUGGAGAUGUUGUGGUUGGCAGAAUUACAGAGGUGCAGCAGAAAAGAUGGAAGGUGGAGACAAACUCCCGACUGGACUCUGUCCUCUUGUUGUCUUCUGUAAACCUGCCAGGAGGAGAGUUGAGGAGAAGAUCAGCAGAAGAUGAGCUGACCAUGAGAGAAUAUCUUCAGGAGGGAGAUCUCAUCAGUGCAGAGGUGCAGUCUGUCUUCUCGGAUGGAGCUCUUUCACUUCACACCCGUAGUUUAAAGUAUGGAAAAUUGGGUCAAGGAGUACUGGUCCAGCUUUCCCCUUCUCUGAUCAAGAGGCAGAAAACGCAUUUCCACAACCUGCCGUGUGGCGCAUCCAUUAUCCUGGGGAAUAAUGGCUUUGUGUGGUUGUAUCCCACACCGGGCCAACAAGAGGAGGAAGCUGGGGGUUUCUACACCAGCCUUGAGCCUGUCAGCCUGUCGGAUCGAGAGGUCAUUUCACGGUUGAGAAACUGCCUGCUGGCUUUGGCUGCGCACAAAGUCCUCCUGUACGACACCAGUGUUCUCUACUGCUACGAAUCAUCACUUCAGCACCAGGUGAAGGACAUCUUAAAACCAGAGGUGAUGGAGGAGAUUGUAAUGUUGACACAACAGAAGCUCUUGGAACAGGAGGGUUAAAGAGCCCAAAGCCUUGUCACAAGUCAAAAUCACAUCAGGCCAGCUGUGGACCCGACCACUGAUCUGAAAGCUGAAUUAGCUUUAUUUUCUUAGAGAUAUAAUUAAAUUGUCAAAGUCCAACGUGUUUUAUUAAAGGAAACCAGUAUUAUUGUUGGGUUGUUUUUAAUAGCAAACGCAAGUGAAGUGUAACUCGUUCAAUGUGUGCAGCAUUCCAGCUAUUCUAAAGUUUUACAAAAUAAUAGUCAAUAUUUUUUUUUUUCAUGUGAGAUAUAU